AUGCUCUCCACCCCCACAGGCCGUCCCUACCGACAGCCGAUUUCCCCGCCUUCCCUCAAAAUCGGGCGAGUCGGACGCUGGUAUCUCCCCCUGAUGGCCGUCAUCAGCCUCGGCUUUGGAGUGGCAAACUACUACCCUGCACAAUCUACACACGACGAUUUCCUGGAACAGCAGCGUCUGGAAGAGAAUCGGCGGUUGAUGGAUGCAUACGGCGAUAAGGAUAGCUUGAAGGAUGUGGAGAGGGCGAUGCAGUUCUAUAAGAAGUGA